CCGAAUGUGACGAGAUAAUUGGGAAUAGAGGACGUUAAGCAUAGGACUAAUACAGUAGAUACAAUAAUUGUCCAAACGUUUGUCACAUUAUUGUCAGGGUAAAAUAUGAAAAAAUAGCCUGGGAAGAAUUUGAAAAGUGCAAGCUACCAUGGAAGGGGAUUGCGGUUUGCAAAGCGCACCGGCACUACACAUCUAGAUCAUUCCGCUAGACGAUGAGAUUAAUUACUUGGGUUUUAUAUUGGGUUGAAGCAUUGUUUUGCAGACUAAUUUAGCAUCUCGGUGGACUGUAAACAGUAUUGCAAAUGGUAUGCAUUUCUACGGAUGAUAUUCUGAGUACGCAACAAUGCCAUUCAUUUAUAUAAAUUAUAUUUCUUAACCCAUCUCUGGAUCAGCGCACAGUUGAAGGAUAAAAUAUAAUCUAAAAGAGCGACUAUUUGUUGUUUUUGUCGUUGUCCUCUCGCUAAUGUGUUUACGUGUUUCAUCUGAUGGAUUAGUUUAACUGUCGACUGUAGCCUAUGUAGCUCGAAGGGAACUGUCACCUUCAACAGUAUUUUGGGGGAGAUUCAUCGGACUUGCAAUACAGCCAUAUCAUGUAUGCUGGACGUAAAAGGAGAAAACCAGUCCAGAGAGCCGUAAAACCGCCACAAUCUGAAGGGGCCAAGUCGAACCCCUCGAAGCGCCACCGGGACCGUCUGAAUGGAGAGCUGGAGAGGCUGGCCAGCCUCCUCCCCUUCCCUGAGGAGGUCACUACCAGCCUGGACAAACUCUCCAUCCUCCGCCUUAGUGUCAGCUACCUCCGGGCCAAGAACUUCUUCACCGUUGCCCUGAAGAACUGUACUUGCAGCGGUGGCAGCGCUGACAACAGCAAAGCCACAGGAUUGGAGGACAGUUGGCUGCCUGAAGGAGAACUGUUGCUGCAGGCUCUGAACGGCUUCGUCCUGGUGGUCACUAAUGACGGGACCAUUUUCUACUCCUCUCACACCAUUCAGGAUUACCUGGGCUUCCACCAGACUGAUAUUAUGCACCAGAGUGUGUAUGAGUUGGUCCACACUGAGGACCAGCCGGAGCUGAGGAGGAACCUCCACUGGGCCCUCAGCCCACCUGCCAUCAUGGACACACUGGGAAAGUCCUCCUCAGAUGUGGAGCCGGAGAGCAGCACCACUGUGACCUAUAACCCUGAGCAGCUCCCACCAGAGAACUCCUCCUUCCUGGAGAGGAACUUCGUGUGUCGCUUCCGCUGCCUCCUGGACAACUCCUCUGGCUUCCUGGCCCUGAGUCUGCAGGGCAGGCUGAAGUUCCUGCGUGGUCAGAACCAGCGGCAGGAAAACAGGGUCAAGGCGCCACCCCAGCUGGCCCUGUUUGCCAUCGCUACGCCUCUCCAGCCCCCCUCCAUCCUGGAGAUCAGGACCAAGAACAUGACCUUCAGAACCAAACACAAGCUGGACUUCACCCCCAUGGCCUGCGACGCAAAGGGGAAAAUUGUGCUUGGGUAUACUGAAGCUGAACUUCGGGUGCGAGGCUCUGGGUAUCAGUUUAUCCAUGCGGCGGAUAUGUUGUACUGCGCUGAGAACCAUGUCCGAAUGAUGAAGACAGGGGAGAGCGGUCUGACUGUGUUCAGGCUCCUCACCAAGGACAACCUCUGGAAGUGGGUCCAGGCCAACGCCAGGCUGGUGUACAAGAAUGGAAAACCAGACUACAUCAUCGCCACACAGAGGCCUCUGAUGGAGGAGGAAGGAGGCGAACACCUACGUAAACGUUCCAUGCACCUCCCCUUUACCUUCGCCACGGGAGAGGCCCUGCUCUACCAGUCCAGCCAUCCAAUUGGACGCUUCAACCACAGCACCCAGGGCUCCGAGAAGAACGUCAACAAGUCCAAGAAGGGCCGGAUUGACAGGGUGUCCAGGGAUGGCCUGGACCCGGGCUCCCUCUUGGGGGCGCUGAUGAGUCAGGCUGAGUCUGUAUAUGUCUGCCAGCCGGCCUUGGAGCCCCAGCUGUCCUUCCACAGCAGUCUGUUCGGAGACCGGGUUGGUUUCUCUGACUCCGACCCCACCGCCCUGCUCCAGGGCUGGGAUGAGUCGUCCAACGGAGUGGUGGGUCCUGGCCUUCCAGAACCGGCGUCGAGCUUUGACCCUAUGCUGGCAACCCUGGACUCCCUGUCUCUGGGGAGUCCGGGGGGUGGGGUGGCCUGGGAUGGGGAUGGAGGAAAUGGGGAGAACUGUUCCAACGGGGAACUGUUUGGGGCUUUGGAGGGCCUGGGACUGAGCGCUGAGGACCUGGAGCUGCUGCUGCUGGACGAGAGGAUGAUCCGGGUGGAGAUGCACCCUGAGCGGGUUCCCACCCUGGAUGACCUGCUGACCAACGAUGAAAUCCUGUCCUACAUCCACGACUCCCUGGAGGCAAAGACAGAUUGGGCAGAGGACGGGGACCAAGUACCCUCCACUAUCCCAGGAACAAAUGCCCCAGAAACCACCACAAAAACAACAAAGGCUCCUGUUGAAAGUAAUCCCACUUCUGCCACCAAUGUGUACCCUCAGUACGUUUCCCAUAAUGCCCCCAUAGUUCAGCAGAUGCAGAAGCACCUCAACAUGCAGCCAGGGAGGGCGGUCCAAGACUGGGUCCAGCAUAGCAACCACUUGCCCCAUCCAGUGGUGAAUGGACUGCAGAGUCAGCCAAUACACAACGGAGAAUGGACAUCCCUACACAUUCUAGCCAAUACAGGGGUACCGGUUGACGACUGUCACACCCCCCAGACUCUGUUAAAUGGAAAGGCGUCAGAGCCGGAUGGGGACCAUCACUGGCGGCAAGCCCACGAACGUCAACACUACCUCCAGCAGCAGCAGGCCCUGGUCCAGAGACCGCUCCCUCACAGCCAUGCCAAACAUCCAGGCGCUAAUCUCAACGGAGUGUGUGGCAUUCCAAACACACACACAGAGCAUCUCCCAGCUGGCAAACAGCAAUGGCAGGACAAUAGUUACUGCCCCCCUGGGCAAACAACCCUGAACAGCAACCCCCCUGGGCAAACCACCCUGAACAGCAACCCCCCUGGGCAAACCACCCUGAACAGCAACCCCUCUGGGCAAACCACCCUGAACAGCAACCCCUCUGGGCAAACCACCCUGAACAGCAACCCCCCUGGGGAAACCACCCUGAACAGCAACCCCCCCGGGGAAACCACCCUGAACAGCAACCCCUUUGGGAAAACCACCCUGAACAGCAACCCCUCUGGGAAAACCACCCUGAACAGCAACCCCCCUGGGGAAACCACCCUGAACAGCAACCCCCCCGGGAAAACCACCCUGAACAGCAACCCCCCUGGGAAAACCACCCUGAACAGCAACCCCUCUGGGAAAACCACCCUGAACAGCAACCCCUGCCUUAACGAUGGCCAGGUACCUCUCCUCACACACACCACCUUAGACGCUUGUAUGAAUUACACUAUGGCUGAUGUUCCCGGCAUGGACUAUACCAUCAACAGAUGUACAUAUGGGGGGAACGAGCAGCACCACGGGACCGGGGCUGCCGUUUCGUCCUACCAGAGGAUGAACCACAAGCAGCUGCAGCAGGAGAAGCUGCCCCCUCCCUUGGCUCAGGUACAGUGCCCUCCUCCCUCAGCUACAGUAGAGCAGAUCCUUGUGGUUGGACACUCUUCACUGGAGGCCAAUGGCAUGGUGACCUCUGACAUCCCUCACCACCCCAACCACAGUAAGAUGGAAAAUGGCUGCAUUCUUAACGGGACGUACUCGGGAGGCUGUGUUCUGCCCAAUAGGAGUGGUGCCCUCUAACGGCCAACUCCCCUGCCCUGACACUGUCCAGAACCCCAGACCUCAGGCUUUUACCUCUGACUGGGGACCUCCAGGGGACACUAACUGACUGGAGGGUCCCACCCACCCACCCUACCACUGGACCAGCUUGUUACUCUAGUUGACAACAAAAGCAACACUUAGGCCUAAAUAUGUUUGGUACUUUUGUUUGGUUGGGUUUGAUGUUUCAUAAUAACAUAAUUCUCAUUUGAGCCCUUUGUUUACAAUAUGACGUCGGAGCGCUAAAGUUGAGUUUUAUUCUGUUUUUAAAAUAACUCAGAAGAAAAUAAUCUUAGUCUUAGAAUUGUUGUUUCUGUUUUUAAAUGUAAAAUAUAUAUAUAUUUUUAGUCCUGGUGGAAUUACAACAUGGUCAUUGGUAGUCAUGGAGACACCACCUAACCCUGCAUGUAUAGAUGCUUACGGCACCAUCACAUUUAUGAUUUGUUGUGACACAUGACAUCAUGAUCGGUGUCAUGAGUUGUCAUACAACAGGAAUGGAACCUUCAAAUG